AUGGGGCCGCGUCCCGCCGCCCCCCUGGCCCUCCUGGGUCUGGCCACCGCCGCCUUAUCGUUACCGCUGCCCGACGCCGGUCCUCACGUUAACUACGGGUGGGGGGAACCCAUCCGGCUGCGGCACCUUUAUACCGGCAGCAAGCACGGGCUCUUCAGUUGUUUUCUGCGCAUCGGCGGAGACGGGCGGGUGGAUGCCGCCGGUAGCCAGAGCCCGCAGAGUCUGCUGGAGAUCCGCGCCGUGGCGGUGCGCACCGUGGCCAUCAAGGGCGUGCGGAGUUCCCGUUAUCUCUGCAUGGACGAGGCGGGGAGGCUGCGUGGGCAGCUCAGGUAUUCCACUGAGGAUUGUUCCUUUGAAGAGGAGAUUCGUCCAGACGGCUACAAUGUAUAUAAAUCAAAAAAAUACGGAAUGUCGGUGUCUUUGAGUAGUGCCAAGCAAAGACAACAGUUCAAAGGAAAAGAUUUUCUUCCACUAUCUCACUUUUUACCUAUGAUCAACACUGUGCCCGUGGAGUCAACAGACUUUGGUGCCUUUGAACCAGAGGUGUACUCCUCGCCCCUCGAAACGGACAGCAUGGACCCCUUUGGCAUCGCCUCCAAACUGUCGCCGGUGAAGAGCCCCAGCUUUCAGAAAUGACUCUGAUCACACACACACGUUUUUAAAGAAAUAUUGCAGAAUACUGCAGGUUUUUUAGCUUUUCAUGUAGUGAUAUUUCGAACUUUAUUGUAUAUUUCAGUACGGAGCCAGCUUUUUCCUUGCCAUGUGUUGUACCUGUAAGAGAUGAGUGCCCAGAGGCUAUUCUGUAAGUCUAAAGAAUUGCCUAUCCAUAGUUUUAUUUAGAAAAGGAUUAAAUAAGAAAAGCUUAACAGCUUCAUCAGAGUUCCUCCAUUACCAUGGUGAUGAUAAAAUAAUUAUAAUUUUUCUACAUCAACUUCAUUACCACAUAUGUUCACCUGUUAUUUCUGCUCACAGAAGCAAAUGCAGAAAACCUUUUUUCCAGUCACAGGGAGGUUAAUGAUCUCUUAGCUUCAGAGGCCUUAAAGACAAACAUUUGGUACGCAACACGAUUAAGGAAAACCUAGCAAAUGUGGUUACAUGAACUAGAGUUAAUGCUGUUUCUUGAAAAGCUGCUGACAACAUUCUGGGAAAACUUUCUAUUGAAAGCAUACCACUGAAAAAAACCAGUUCUGCUUGUAUAUUGUGCUUUUUCUUCCCUUAGGAAAUAAGGGAAGAAAGGGAAAAAUUUCUUCCUUCCCUUAUUGCUAAAGGGUACUUUGGAAAACUGGAUCUUUGAUUUCUUUUAGAGGCUAAUUUAUGUUCACUGUGGGAUCAGCAUCAUCCAGCAGAGAGUUCUCAUUAACAUUGGUGAGAAUUCAGUGUGUGGUUGGAAGAGUGCACAGAACUAGUAUAUAUGUUCACCAGGUAGGGAAUGAGCAGCUCAAAUUAGCGUUUAAAUCAAAGUUCUGUUGUAUAUAAGCAUGCAUGUCAUUAUCAAAAGCAGAGAAAGACUAAAAAUGGAUGAUGUAUAGGUCAAAUCAAUUGCAAAACAGGUUUUUGUGUUUAACCUUUAACCAUCAGCAAUUCUUUCAAGUCCCUUCCAGGCUCGAUUCUGCAGCCAUGGGAAUCAGUGGAGAGACAGUUUAGUGACUUAAAUGCCGCAGAACUGGGUGAGCCACGUCGUUCUUCUUGCAGGAAGGGAUGAUGAGUACCUCAUGGCCAAAAUGUGGAUGUCUGAUGUCUUCAGAUCUGUUCUCCUGUUGUAACGAUUUGAUGAAGGAAUAACCAAGGUGAAACCAAAGAA